GAGAGGGAAAGGUCACAGGAGAUCCGCGGAGGCUGUGACGGACGAGCCGCCGGACCAGAAUACCAUCUAACUCUUCGUCCACUCGCGCUGAUUAUAAUAAAGGCGAGUUAAUAGGGACGAGGUGGAAACAAAGAAAGGGUGAAAGGCUGAGAACGAGAGAGAGAGAGAGAGAGAGAGCGAGCGAGAGAAGGAAAUCUUCCACCUUUUCCCCGUAUUAUUCUCGAUCGCCUUCCCUCUCGCUUCAUUUGAAACUGCCCUUCUAUUCUUGAUCCACUGUUCCUCUCCAUAUAUCUCCUGCUCGUGUUUGUAUAGAUUCACGCCAUCCUAUAUUUCAGGGUGAGAUGCAUGGUUUGGUCCACUGAUCGAUCCGUAUUCGGUAGGGGAAGGGGAAUGGCGUUAACAGCAGAGGCGACGGCGGCGGCAAAAGCGGGGUAUGUGACGAGAAGAGGGGAGAAGGGCAGCGGGGCGGCGCCGUUGUUCCGAGCGGACUACAUGUUUUGGUGGGAGCAGCAGGGGGAGUUCAUGGAGCGCCGGCAGCUCUUCCUUCGGAGCUACCACUUCUCCCGUAGGCAGGGCCCUCGUGAGCGGGUGCGCCGCACCCUGCUCCGCGUCCGCCGCCUCGUCUGGGCCCGCCUCCGCGCCGCCCGCCGUCUGCCUCGCCUCCUCUGGGCCAAGCUCCGCGCCGUCUUGUCCGGCGGCGGCGUCGGCCGCAGGAGGCGGCGCUCCCACCGCCUCGGCUCCGUCCAGUUCCAGCGGCUGCCACACCGACGCAGCGCCAGCAACAGCAGUAGCGGCUCCUCCGCCGAGUGGUCCAGCUGGUGAUCCAUUCGACGCAGCGCCAGCAACAGCAGUAGCGGCUCCUCUGCCGAGUGGUCCAGCUGGUGACCGCAUGGUUCACACACGGAGAAAGCAGUAACGUCAGCAAUCAGGAAGCGGAAGCAGAGGCUGCCGCUGCUUUGUUGUCAUCUACUGUUCUUUGACUUCACCUACUAUGUAUGCUUUACCUGCUUUCCAUAUCGUCUCAUGCGAACAAACAUUACAGUCAUGUCCUUCUCUGCACCGGAGUGCGAAAUAUUGCCCGGCUGCUAACGUCGUUGGUACCGAGGAGCUUCCACCA